AUGCCUUCUGCUGAGACCGAUAGGUCCACUCCCAUCGAACUUUCGGAGCUUCGUGCCGGUCCUGCCUCCUCCGUCCACGACCCUGGACCUGGCGUCGACGGAGGACCCUCAGGUGAUUCAGCGGAAAGACUCAUCAACCUAUCCUCCUUACCUCCUGUGGACAGGGGUUUUGGUGCUUGGUCUUUUUUAACAGCCGCUUUUCUAAUCGAGGCAAUCGUCUGGAGUUUCCCAGGUGCAUUCGGAAUUUUCCUCGAGGCAUACCGAAGUGAUCCAAUAUAUCAGCAGCAGAAGAACUCAAAUUUGCUCCUUCCUUUGAUUGGCCCACUGGGAUCAGGCAUCGUGUAUUGCUCAGCCCCGAUUGGCACUGUACUGACGGGCAAAUACCCAAAUUAUCGUCGACACGCUAUGUGGGUUGGGGCGGUAUUAAGUCCGGUAUCUCUAUUUGCGGCAAGCUACACCACCCGCCUCCCACUUCUUGUCUUCCUUCAAGGUGUAAUAAAUGCUUUUGGUGGAAUGCUCCUGUACUUUCCCUGUAUUGCAUACAUGUCUGAAUGGUUCGUCGAACGUAGAGGUUUUGCUAAUGGUGUCAUUUUUGCAGGCACCGGUUUAGGAGGCCUUAUCCUACCUCUUAUUCUACCACUUUUUAUUUCCUCUUACGGGCCGCAGAGAACGCUACGUUAUGUGUCCAUCGCACUCUUCUGUCUUUUGCUCCCAGUGUUGCCAUUCGCAAAAGGACGUUUACCUUAUUUGCGCUCACGCGUCAGUGGUCCGGAACCUCGUGGUAGUACAAGGGGCUGGCUCAAGAGCAGAACUUUCUGGGUCCUGAUGUGUGUUAACACCUUGCAAGGAUUUGGCCAUUUCGUGCCAAUUGUUUGGCUUCCCACAUACGCUACCGCUCUCCGGAUCAACCCCACCCAAGCGUCCAUCACUGUUGCUGUGUUGAAUGGCGCGGCAGUUUUCGGCGGACUGUUAAUGGGUUACUUAUCUGAUAUAAUGAGCCCAUGGGUACUCGCGCUGUUGUCCCUUAUCCUCACUUCAUUGACAACCUUCAUCCUUUGGGGCAUAUUUUCAACGACGUUUGGUGGCCUUCUGGCGUUUGGGAUCGUUUAUGGUUCAUUGGCAGGUGGAUGGUCUAGUCUCUGGAGCUCCUUCACGCGACCGUUCGCCAAUGAUGAUCCUAGGGUGGUAACAAUCGUCCUUGGAUAUUUGGCCCUUUCACGAGGGAUAGGUAACAUCUUGUCUACACCCAUAUCAUCGGCCUUGUCUUUGAGUUCAAACAAUACGGUGUUUUCAACUCGUCAUGAAACGAUCGGGUUCAAGGUAGAAGAUGGGAAGUACGAGAAAAUGAUUUUAUACACCGGGACAUGUUUCACAGGGGCGGCCCUGAUUGGUUUAGUGGGGUGGAUAGGCGACAGGAGGGGGAGAGCGGGUCAGGAGACUGCGAGAUCAGUUGCUUUUUAGAAUCAUAGUUCCAUGGAGUAAGUGCCGUGAAUCUGCCAAUCCUCCGAUGUUUACCUUGGUGUCAGACUGGUUUUCGUGAUUCAGUAUAACAACUUAUAGUUCCAGCGGCCGAUUGUAAGUCUAAACGCGGGUUCCUUCUUUUGUCAAUAAAAAGCAAUUGGCUCAUAAUUGAUAGUUGUAUACGAAAUACACCGAAGGGUAACGGUGACAGGCGCCUUUGUGAAAAUUAACUCACCGCGUGUUUCCGACUACCCAACGAUCACCGACCCAGUGAUCAUUGCCACUCGUUUCCAAACAUUCCAUCAUGAAAACGGUCCUCUCACUCCAUGCUUCUUCAAACCCGAGCAUUGGACAUCCGAGGGCUCCGAAUUGGCCAUUCGCAGUCAGUUUAAAUCUCGAGCAAUGGGCCCAUCCACCUUCUUUUCCCAUCCACAUCCCGACUGUCAUCAUGAUGAUCACACUUGUGUUGAAAGCCGCUUGCCCCCUUGUCCUCCAUGUCGUGUAUGAAGAGUCCUGCAUGGUCCCAUCACUUGUGCGAUCACGGACUAGACAUGUCGAAUUGAGAAUACACCGUCAUCUCAUAAAGGAACUGAGAUCGGUUCGUGAACGGACGAAAGCAUCCCUUCAAAACGUCCAAAGGCCGCCGCUAAAAACAAGCAAUUUCUGUCAGCCUCAUCCGCGUAACUAGAUUCAAGAGAAGAACAACCGGCACGCACAGUAGAAUACCUAUGAUGCAGAAGAUCCUCGAUCCCAUACUUUUGUUUCGUAAACGCCUCCGAAAAUAUCUUGGCAAGUGUGGAUACGGAAGGAUGAUAGUGCGAGUUAUGGGUUUGAAUCUCCCAUAG